UUCAACGUUUCUCACAAUUCAAAACCCUAAAUCCCCAAAUUUCGAAAUCCCCAAAAUUUUCUCGGGAAAAUGUCUGGUCGUGGAAAGGGUGGCAAGGGACUCGGCAAGGGAGGAGCCAAGAGGCACAGGAAGGUGCUGCGCGACAACAUCCAGGGCAUCACGAAGCCGGCGAUUCGGAGGUUGGCGAGGAGAGGUGGCGUGAAGAGGAUCAGUGGGUUGAUCUAUGAGGAGACUAGGGGUGUGUUGAAGAUCUUCUUGGAGAAUGUGAUUCGUGAUGCGGUGACGUACACGGAGCAUGCUAGGAGGAAGACUGUGACUGCUAUGGAUGUUGUUUAUGCUCUCAAGAGGCAGGGAAGGACUCUCUAUGGAUUCGGAGGUUGAAGAAUGUUGUUACUUGUUGUUUUGUGAUAUGUAAAUCUGAAUGAAAUGGAAGCAUAACUGAAUCUUUGUAUGCUUAAUUGGAAAUUAGUGUUUUCUGAUGAAUGAUAGUUCAAGUUUCUGUUCAA